AUGACGGCUCACAAAUUCAAGCGCCUCGUCCGAUUCGAAGACUCGAGUCGGGCUGUUCAUUAUGGAGAAGUCCCUGCGAGUCACGGGUGGUCCGAUGAUUUGACGGGGCUUUCUGUCCCGACUUACAGCGGCGGAUUGCCCUGGGAAAGCGACUUCAAGCUCACCGAGACGACCGCCACGAUUGCCAAAGUCUUGAGGCCCAUCGAGACGACACCCAUCGUCUAUGGCGUUGGGUUGAACUAUCGUCAACAUGCGGAAGAAGCCAAGAUCCCCCUGCCGCCUUACCCUAUGAUCUUCGUCAAAGGGGCCGGGUCUUCCGCAUUGGCAGAUCCAUACGAAGACAUCCCAAUCCACAAGGAGGCCCAAUUCAUGGACUACGAGGGCGAAUUGACCAUCAUCUUCGGCAAGAAGGCCAAGGAUCUGACCGAGUCAGACAACGUCGCCGACUACUUGCUCGGCUACACGGUCGGUAACGACGUGUCGUCGCGGUACUGGCAAGACCCCGUACGGGCGGGCGGACAGCACGGCUACGCCAAAGCCUUUGACAAGUUCGCGCCCAUCGGACCUAUCCUGGUGUCGCCAGCACAGAUCCCCGAUCCGACCACACUCACGAUGAAGACCAUCGUGAAUGGCCAGCAGCGCCAGAUCACAAAGACGGACGAUCUGAUCUUCGACAUUCCUGCUAUCGUCCGGCACUUGACGCGUGGCAGGACGAUCGAACCCGGCACGGUGGUCUUGACAGGGACGCCGAGCGGAGUGGCGGCGUUCAUGAAGCCACCGGCAUGGCUGCAGAAUGGGGACGUGGUGGAGGUUGAGAUCUCUGAGAUAGGGAAGAUCCGGAACAAGAUGGUGUUUGACUCAGCUUCAUAG